UAAAAAAAAAGAAGGGACAAAAAAACCCAAAAAAGUAUGAAGUGACUGAUGUUAAGCAUAAUGAAUAUUGACACAUACACACACAUAUAUAUAUACACGCUCAUGUCACAACACAUAGAUGAGCAAAGGCACACACACAUAAAUAGGAGUGUACGUAAGGUCGUAGAAUCGUUUUGUCUCAAAGAGGCUUUGGAGGCGAAUUUCCCAAGUAUAUAUUAUGGUUGACUGGGGAAUUCAUCAUCAUGAUCAUGAUCAUGAUCAUGAUCACCAUCAUCAUCAACAUGAUCAACAUCAGAAGCAACAACAACAACAAGAUGGAUGGAGGAAAGGGCCUUGGACUCCUGAAGAAGACAAGCUCCUCGUGGAGUAUGUUACUCUGCAUGGAGAAGGAAGAUGGAGUUCUGUUGCUAAGUGUGCAGGGCUGAACAGGAGUGGCAAAAGCUGUAGAUUAAGGUGGGUUAAUUACUUGAGGCCCGGUCUUAAGAGAGGACAAAUCACUCCUCUAGAAGAAGAAAUUAUCAUCGAACUCCAUUCUCUUUGGGGUAACAAAUGGUCCACGAUUGCAAGAUACUUACCCGGACGAACAGAUAACGAGAUCAAGAACUACUGGAGAACCCAUUUCAAGAAGAAAGAAAAAUCGUCGCGCAAGCAAGAUAACAAGAUCAAGAAAUCUCAAUCACGCAAAACGCAGACGCAAAUGCCAACGAAACCGCAGUCGCAGCCGGCUCAAGACGACGUCACGACGAAACUAAACCCAGAGCUGGGCAUCGCACCUUCGGAGGGCCAGUAUAACAACGUGCCUGAUCAACAUUACACGACCACGACAGCUGUUGCACCUUGUUCUUCCGACCAGUCUAUGAUGAUCGACGGAGGUAAUAAUUACUUAUGGGGAAGCUUGUGGGGUCUUGACGGUGAUAAUUGUUUCCUCUCCGGCGGAAACGACGAUCAAACGGCGGGCGUUAACGUUGACGGUAACGUUAACAAAUUUAUCACCGUCGAUGAUAAUUAUGUUCAAGGUUUUCAAGGUUUGUCGUCUUGUGGAUCACCGGGGGAUUUUGGUUAUGGUAGCGCCUCCUACACGGGAGGGUUUAGUUUUUAGUCUAUGCUGAGAUAUAAUCAAGAUGUCGUAUCUUCAUGCAAUAAUCAGACAUAUUAUAUAAAAAAUAAACUCUAUAUUGUAUUGUUCUAACCCUAAUUAUGAUAUAAUGGAAUGGGGUGAGGCUAAACAA